AUGGUAUCAUCACUUUCCUUUCAAUCAAUCGCCACUGUCAAUUCCAGCUACUCCGGCGACGGUGGUCGUUUACUCCUCCGACGUAAUUUCAGAGCGACUAGUGUGAGUUGCAGAGGACAGAAUCCAACGAACGAGGAGCCACAAACAAGUAAAGGACCUGAGCCAGAGAAUGUUCUUCUCAAAAUCGCUUGGUACGGAUCUGAGCUACUCGGAAUCGCUGCUUCCGUUUUCCGAUCACCGGCGUCUCCUUCUCCUCCGACUGUUACAGGGUUUGAGGUUCCGGUUGAUUGUUCGGGACGAGCCGUUCGUGUAGCUGUUGUGGAUUCGAUUAAACAAGACUUCAAGCGAUCUUAUUUCGUUACAGGGAACUUGACGUCGGAGGUUUAUGAGGAGAAGUGUGAAUUUGCCGAUCCGGCUGGUUCCUUCAAGGGUCUUACUCGUUUCAAAAGGAAUUGCACUAAUUUCGGAUCACUAAUCGAGAAAUCGAAUAUGAAGCUUAUGAAAUGGGAGAAUUUUGAGGAUAAAGGAGUUGGACAUUGGAAAUUUAGCUGUGUCAUGUCUUUUCCAUGGAAACCCAUUCUUUCAGCUACUGGUUACACUGAGUAUUAUUUCGACACAGAAUCCGGAAAAAUUUGCAGACAUGUGGAGCAUUGGAAUGUUCCAAAGCUUGCUCUGUUCAAGCAACUUCUGAGACCAAGCCGUUGA